AUGGCGUUAUUCGGAUUUGGACAAUCAGCUGACAUUACUAUAAAAUUGGAUGAUGAAGAAACACGAAAGACAGCAAAGAUUCGAGGAGAGGAUGGGCAACAAGAAACUCACUACUUGUUUUACGAUGGUGAAACCAUUGCUGGAACGGUGAAUAUUGCCUUGAAAAAAGCCAAUCAGAAGCUUGAGCACCAAGGCAUUCGCAUCGAGUUCAUUGGGCAAAUUGAGGUAUAUUAUGAUCGUGGAAAUCAGCAAGAUUUUAUUUCCUUGACGAAAGAUCUUGCAAGACCUGGAGAAUUGACACAGAACUCGUCCUUUCACUUCGAGUUCCACAAUGUAGAGAAGCCGUACGAGUCGUACAUGGGAAUCAAUGUUAAACUAAGGUACUUCCUUCGAGUUACUAUUGUUCGACGAAUAACUGACAUUACAAGAGAAAUGGAUCUCAUUGUUCAUACUCUAAGCAGUUAUCCUGAUGCUGAUGUUAACCUCAAGAUGGAUGUUGGAAUUGAAGACUGCCUUCAUAUUGAGUUCGAGUAUAACAAGAGCAGGUUACCAUCCCAAGACGUUAUAGUGGGGAAGAUCUACUUCGUGUUGGUUCGUAUUAAAAUCAAGCAUAUGGAAAUCACAAUAAUCAAAUCCGAAACUGUCGGCUCUGGUCCCAAUGCUGCAAAAGAAACUGAUCCUGGUGGUGAAAUUCGAAAUAAUGGAUGGUGCUCCUGUCAGAGGUGGGGACAAUUUCAUAAUCGAGAAUCUAUUCCUAUUCGCCUUUUCCUCGCUGGACACGAUCUGGCCCCUACCAUGCGUGAUGUUAGUAAGAAAUUCUCCGUUAGGUAUCUUCUGAACCUCGUUCUGGUUGACGAAGAGGACAGGCGAUACUUCAAACAGCAGGUCUUUUAUUUUCUGAAAGUCUAUUAA